CAGCCGACCAUGGAGAUAACACUUAUCAUCCUGGCUAUAGCUGGAUUCAGCUUCAGUGUUUGCUAUGGGAACACGUGCUAUUUCCAGAAGCCACUUUACAGAUGGGGAACCACAAAAGUAGGAUGGUGGGGCAGAAAAAUUGUAAGAAGGGUUUACUAUUCAACAGGUUCACGCUGUUGUACUGGGUACAACGGGCCAUCUUGUAGAACUCCUAUUUGCAAUCCUCCUUGUAUAGGUGGUACCUGUGUGUCACCUAAUAGGUGUCGAUGCGACAACGCUCAUAUAGGAAGUACCUGUCAAACAGUUGUAUGUUCUCACCUGAAACCUUGCUUCCCCGGGAUUUGCACGUAUCCUCACAACUGUAGAUGUCAGUCUGGUUUCACGGGCACCACUUGCCUAACAUUGCAAGCUUCUCAAACCCCAUAUCUCCUUCGCACCAGCACAUACCUCGUCAAUCAGGAAAGAACGAGCGGUAAAGUGUUGGCCAGAUUCCUGUCCGAUUCCACAGCACCAAACACUGGUUAUACAGAUAGAAUUUGGUUGAUGAAGCAUGAUUUCAAUAUCAUCAACAUCUACUUCGAAUCAAUAUACAAGUAUCCCUUGCUGGAGGAGAACGGCAAUUACAUUGAAAACUACGGCUUUGGGAUAGUGGACGGGCGAGCUCGUUUGACACUUACAAAAAUUCAGCACCAAGGAUCCUCUACGUCAUAUAGACACCAGAAAAACUACACCUGUCCACACAACCCCAAUACAGCUAAACCACAAGAAGGUGUCUUUAAAUGCAACAUAACUGAUACUGAUUUUGAUUGGUUGUUAGAAAAUGGAGAUAUUAUGGUGGCUACGGUAUCAACAAAGAGUGGGGGAUUCCGAGGUAUCCGGUCGCUGGAUACAUUAUCACACUACCGAAACGACUUUUAUGAAACUCAAACGGCUACAAAACACAUGCAGUUCAUGUUCGACUACCACCCACCUUACCACUGUAUGGAAACGAAAACAUGUUCAAGACAGCCGCUUCUAAUUAGAAAUGAUAUCUCAAAGGGACCUGUAACCAUAUGAUGGGACGGAUGGAAUGACACUUUAUCGGGUGUCCACAUUUACACUGUACAGGUGU